CCCCGCCCUGCUCGCCCCGCGCGGUGCGCCCGCGCCCCGCCAUGGAGGACCUGGAUGCCCUGCUCUCUGACCUGGAGACCACCACCUCGCACAUGCCAAGGUCAGGGGCUCCAAAAGAGCGGUCCCCAGAGCCUCUCGCAGCUCCCCUGCCCUAUGGCCACCAGCCACAGACAGGAUCCGGGGAGUCUUCAGGGGCCUCUGGGGACAAGGACCAUCUGUACAGUACGGUUUGCAAACCUCGGUCCCCAAAGCCUGCGGCCCCUGCAGCCCCUCCGUUCUCCUCUUCCAGCGGUGUCUUGGGCACAGGGCUCUGUGAGCUAGACCGGUUGCUUCAGGAACUUAAUGCUACCCAGUUCAACAUCACAGAUGAAAUAAUGUCUCAGUUCCCAUCAAGCAAGGAGACUGCAGGGGAACAGAAGGAGGACCAAUCUGAGGACAAAAAAAGGCCCAGCCUCCCUCCCAGCCCAUCCCCGGUUCUCCCAAAGCCUUCAGCAACCUCAGCUACCCUGGAGUUGGAUAGACUGAUGGCUUCCCUGUCUGACUUCCGUGUCCAAAACCAUGUGAAUCAGCUUCCAGCCUCUGGAUCAACGCAGCCACCAGUGCCAAGCUCUGUGAAUGAGGGCUCCCCAUCCUCGCCGGGGCCGGCUAGCAAAGGCAGCCUGGACACCAUGCUGGGGCUGCUGCAGUCCGACCUCAGCCGCCGUGGUGUUCCCACCCAGACCAAGGGUCUCUGUGGCUCCUGCAAUAAACCCAUUGCUGGGCAAGUGGUGACCGCGCUGGGCCGCGCUUGGCACCCUGAGCACUUCAUUUGCGGUGGCUGUUCCAUGGCCCUGGGAGGAAGCAGCUUCUUUGAGAAGGACGGAGCCCCCUUCUGCCCUGAAUGCUACUUUGAGCGCUUCUCCCCGCGCUGCGGCCUCUGCAAUCAACCCAUCCGACACAAAAUGGUGACCGCCUUGGGGACCCACUGGCACCCGGAGCAUUUCUGCUGCGUCAGUUGUGGGGAGCCCUUCGGAGAUGAGGGUGAGAGCUUGGCGCCAG